AUGGCAGCUAGGCGAAUUGCACAGGAGACUUUUGAUGCUGUAUUGCAAGAAAAAGCUAACCAAUAUCACAUGGACCCCAGUGGUGAGGCUGUAGGUGAAGCUCUUCAGUUUAAAGCUCAAGAUCUUCUAAGGACAGUCCCAAGAGCAAGAGCAGAUAUGUAUGAUGACAUUCCUAGUGACAGCAGAUACACUCUGGCUGGAUCUAUAGCCCACCCUCGAGACACUGGGAGAGAAAGCUUGAGAGGUGAUGUAUUUCCAGGACCUUCCUUCAGAUCAAGCAAUCCUUCUGUAAGUGAAGACAACUACAUUCGCAAAGAGUGUGGCCAGGAUCUGGAGUUUUCCCACCCUGAUUCCCGAGACCAAGUUUUUGGCCACCGGAAAUUGGGACAUUUCCGUUCUCAGGAUUGGAAAUUUGCACUCCGUGGCUCUUGGGAACAAGACUUUGGCCACCCCGUUUCUCAAGAAUCCCCUUUGUCACAGGAGUGUAAUUUUGGUCCUUCUGCACUGCUUGGGGACUUUGGUUCCUCUAGGCUGAUUGAGAAAGAGUGUUUGAAGAAAAAAAGUCGGGAUUACAACGUGGACCGUCCAGGGGACACAGACUCUGUGCUCAGGGGCAGUGGCCAAGUCCAGGGCAGAGGCUGAGGUCUAAACAUUGUUGACCAGGAAGGGACCCUUUUAGGAAAGGGAGAGACUCAGGGCUUGCUCCCAUCUAAAGGGGGAGUUGGUAAACUUGUCACACUAAGAAGUGUGAGCACGAAGAACGUACCCACUGUAAAUCAUAUUACUCCCAAAACUCAGGGCACCAACCAAAUCCAGAAAACCACCUCAAGUCCUGAUGUGACCCUGGGGACAAACCCAGGAACAGAAGAUAUCCAGUUUCCCACUCAGAUCCCUUUGGGGCUCAAUCUGAAGGAUAUUCGGCUUCCCAGAAGAAAGAUGAGCUUCGACCUCAUAGAUAAGUCUGAUGUUUUUUCAAGAUUUGAUAUCAAAUGGGCAGGAUUCCACACCAUAAAAGAUGAUGUUAAAUUUUCUCAGCUUUUCCAGACGCUCUUUGAACUCGAAACCAAAACCUGUGCUAAAAUGCUCGCUUCAUUCAAAUGCUCCUUAAAACCAGAGCACAGAAAUUUUUGCUUUUUUACGAUCAAAUUUUUAAAGCACUCUGCUUUGAAAACACCCAGAGUUGAUAAUGAGUUUUUAAACAUGCUUUUAGACAAAGGUGCUGUGAAGACCAAAAAUUGCUUUUUUGAAAUCAUAAAGCAUUUUGACAAGUACAUAAUGAGGCUUCAAGACGGCCUUCUGAAUGUCACACCCCUGCUCAUGGCUUGCAAUGCCUAUGAGCUGAGUGUCAAGAUGAAAACCCUCAGUAACCCCCUGGACUUGGCUGUUGCCCUGGAGACCACCAAUUCUCUCUGCCAGAAGUCUUUAGCCCUUUUGGGACAGACUUUCUCCUUGGCCUCUUCUUUCCAGCAAGAGAAAAUCUUAGAAGCUGUUGGCUUCCAAGAUAUAGCUCCCUCUCCUGCUGCAUUUCCAAAUUUUGAGGACUCUACUCUGUUUGGGAGAGAAUACAUCGAUCACCUGAAGGCCUGGCUGGUCACCAGUGGGUGUCCACUUCAGGUCAAGAAAGCUGAACCUGAGCCUACCCAAGAUGAGGAGAAAGUUGUUCCUCCUACCAAACCCAAAAUUCAGGCCAAGUCUCCGAGUGGUCUCAAUGAUGCUGUCCCCCAGCGAGCAGAUCACAAGGUGGUGGACACCAUCGAUCAGCUGGUCACUCGCAUUGUCAGAGGCAGCCUAUCUCCCAAAGAGAGAGCUCUUCUCAAGGAGGACCCUGCUUACUGGUUUUUGUCUGAUGACAGUAGUCUGGAGUAUAAAUACUACAAAUUGAAGCUGGCAGAAAUGCAGCGGAUGACGCCACACCUUGCCGGAGCAGAUCAAAAGCCAAUAGCAGCAGAAUGUGGGGUCUGGGCCAUGCUGUAUGCUUGGACAAUCCGGAGCCUCAAGAAGAGGCUCCUCCCAGGCCUCCAGCGGGAGCUGCUCCGCACUCAAGGGCUUCUGGGCUGGAAGGUGAGGAAAGCAACCACUGGGACCCAGACCCUCCUCUCCUCAAGCACCAGACUGAAACACCAUGGCCGGCAGGCUCCAGGUUCAUUGCAGGGAAAGCUGUCCCAGCCAGAUGGAAAUGAUACUGUCAAGGACUGCCCACCUGACCCAGUUGGACCCUCUCUUGGGGACCCCAGCCCAGAAGUCUUGGGCCUAUCCCCCAAGCCAGCAGGAGCGGAAGUCUCUGAAGCUCCUCAAUCCUCCUCUCCCUGCCCAUCUGCUGACGUUGACAUGAAGACAAUGGAGACUGCAGAGAAACUGGCCAGAUUUGUUGCUCAGAUGGGACCAGAAAUUGAACAAUUCAGCGUAGAAAAUAGUACUGACAACCCUGACUUGUGGUUUCUCCAUGACCAAAAUAGUUCAGCCUUCAAAUUCUAUCGAAAGAAAGUAUUUGAACUAUCAUCAAUUUGUUUUACAUCAUCUCCACUGAACCUCCACACCAGUGAGAGCACUGAUUCUCAAGAGAGCCCCCUUGAUCCCAUGGAAGGGGAAGGAGAGUUUGAAGAUGAGCCCCCUCAGCAUGAGGCUGAGUUGGAAAGCCCAGAGGUGAUGCCUGAGGAGGAUGAUGAAGACGAGGAAGAUGAGGAUGAGGAGGGGACCGAAGAGGCCUCCACUCCUAGAGGGGCCUCCAGGCAACCAGGAGGGGCUGCCAAGUCCGAGGGCUAUAAGGGCAGCCCCCCCCCGCCCCAUGGCCUCCCGAGCGAGGCAGCCGAAGAUGGCCCGGCGGGUGCACCUGCCCUAUCACAGGCCACCUCAGGGGCCUGCUUCCCUCGGAAGAGGGUCAGUAGCAAGUCCUUGAAGGUUGGCAUGAUUCCGGCUCCAGAGAGGCUGUGUCUCAUCCAGGAACCCAAAGUUCAUGAACCAGUUCGAAUUGCCUACGACAGACCUCGGGGUUGUCCCAUGUCCAAAAAGAAGAAACCCAAGGAUUUUGAUUUCGCCCAGCAGAAGCUGACCGACAAGAACCUGGGGUUCCAGAUGCUGCAGAAGAUGGGCUGGAAGGAGGGCCACGGCCUGGGCUCCUGUGGGAAGGGCAUCAGGGAGCCCGUCAGCAUGGGAACUGCAUCGGAAGGGGAAGCGUUAGGUGCUGACGGGCAGGAGCACAAGGAAGAUAUGUUCCGUCAAAGGAUGAUGCAGAUGUACAGACACAAAUGGGCCAACAAAUAGUUCCAGGGUCUCUUCCAUGAGGACAACAGGCAUCCAGAAAGUGCUAACUCACCACUUUGGGUGCUUACUGUCUCUGGCUUGUUUCCAUCACUGGAAAUCAUAUAGAGAAUUUUAGCAUUUUUGGUCCUUGGUAAAACCUAGAAGACAUUUGUGAUGUUACAAAAUGGAAGUUUUGGGGUUUUUUUUUUUCUUUCUUCUUUUU